AAGCCCCUCGUUCUAGGGGCUUCUCUCUCCCAGCCCCAUUUGGGGAGCUAACCCUAGGGAGAGAGGAUGGGGGUCUGGGUGCCCUUCACGGGGAGAAAAGCUCCCCGACCAGCCCAGUUUUCUCCUUUCUUUAGCUCUCUUUCCUUCACUCCCACACCCCAUCUGGAGUCGGGGUCCCGGUGCCCCUUCAAGCGACAGGCAGAGCCCGGUGAGGCUGGGAAGGAGGGAAAGGAGACUGAAGGACGUGACACAAGUCUCAGUUCCCUCCGCCCUCUGCUUCCCCGCCGGCGCCGCUCUCCAAAUUGGCGCGGAACCGGCUUCUCCACAGCCUUUCGCCUCCACAACCCCCUCUCCCCGCGGCUCGUCCAGGAUGGGAGGGGGGAAGUGGGGGCGCUACCCAAGCCCCACUCGGGGUGUACGGGGGACAGGAUGGAGGACACAAAAAGGACCCAUUUGGGGGAGAUCUGCCUCCCUGAGCGUUCCGGGUGCUGAGGGUGCUUUGUAAAUUUUUGAAGACACUUGCUGCACAUUGGCUGACCAUUCAGUUGAGGAAAUGCAGGCAUGUGUCGAAAAUUAACACCAUGAAAUAACUAACACAGUGCAGAAGACAGCAUGGUAAAAUGGCUCAGGCCGUCUCCUGAGGGACUUGGCUGUAACUUCUGAAUCAGCGUCUAACUGGCACUUGGAGACAUGGAUGACAAUGUAUUUGACCCUGGUUUUUCCUACCUCCCCUCCAGAGGUUGCAUACACCUGAAAGAAGAGGAUGUCAAGACGCAGUAGCCGUUUACAAGCUAAGCCCCAGCCCCAGCCCAGCCGGACGGAUUCCCCCCAAGACGCCCAGAUAAUUCAGGCCAAGAAAAGAAAAACAGCCCAGGAUGUCAAAAAAAGGAAAGAGGAGAAGGUCACCAAGAAACACCAGUAUGAGAUUAGGAAUUGUUGGCCACCUGUAUUAUCUGGGGGGAUCAGUCCUUGCAUUAUCAUUGAAACACCCCACAAAGAAAUAGGAACAAGUGACUUCUCCAGAUUUACAAAUUACAGAUUUAAAAAUCUUUUUAUUAAUCCUUCACCUUUGCCUGACUUAAGCUGGGGAUGUUCAACGGAUGUCUGGCUAAACAUGUUAAAAAAAGAGACCAGAUACGUUCAUGAUAAACAUUUUGAAGUUCUGCAUUCUGACUUGGAACCACAGAUGAGGUCAAUACUUCUAGACUGGCUUUUAGAGGUAUGUGAAGUAUACACACUUCAUAGGGAAACGUUUUAUCUUGCACAAGACUUUUUUGAUAGAUUUAUGUUGACACAAAAGGAUAUAAAUAAAAAUAUGCUUCAACUCAUUGGAAUUACCUCAUUAUUCAUUGCUUCCAAACUUGAGGAAAUCUAUGCUCCUAAGGUCCAAGAGUUUGCUUAUGUCACUGAUGGUGCUUGCAGUGAAGAGGAUAUCUUAAGGAUGGAACUCAUUAUAUUAAAGGCUUUAAAAUGGGAACUCUGUCCUGUAACAAUCAUCUCCUGGCUAAAUCUCUUCCUCCAAGUUGAUGCUCUUAAAGAUGCUCCUAAAGUUCUUCUACCUCAGUAUUCUCAGGAAAAGUUCAUUCAAAUAGCUCAGCUUUUAGAUCUGUGUAUUCUAGCCAUCGACUCGUUAGAGUUCCAGUACAGAAUACUGGCUGCUGCUGCCUUGUGCCAUUUUACCUCUAUUGAAGUGGUUAAGAAAGCCUCAGGUUUGGAAUGGGACAACAUUUCAGAAUGUGUAGAUUGGAUGGUGCCUUUUGUCAGCGUAGUAAAAAGUACUAGUCCAGUGAAGCUGAAAAUUUUUAAGAAGAUUUCUAUGGAAGACAGACACAAUAUCCAGACACAUACAAAUUAUCUGGCUAUGCUGGAUGAAGUAAAUUAUGUAAACACCUUCAGAAAGGGGGGGCAGUUGUCACCAGUGUGCAACGGAGGCAUUAUGACACCACCAAAGAGCACUGAAAAGCCACCAGGAAAACACUAAAGAAGUUAACUAAGCAAACAAGUUGAAAUUGACCAAGUAUUGGAUAGAAUUUCAUAGAACUGAACUAUUAAAGUUCUACAGGAAAAUAGUGCUGUGACUGUCCUAGCCAAUUCAGAAGUUUCACUGCCAUUCUUUGAUUUAAAAAAAACCACUUAAAAUUGGCACUAAGGAAGAAAUCUGUUUAAAGAAACAGUAGGACUUGUUUACAGAGAUGACUUCAUUCCCAAGGUGACUGAAUAGAAGCCAGCCACGAUUUAUGCUGUACCAAUUUUUUUUGAUCCAGUGUUACUAUGUUUAUCUUGAUAAACUAGGAAUUUUAUCAUUGGAGUUUUGGACUAGAUAAGUGCUACCUUAAAGGGUACAUUAAAUGAUACAGUGCUUUGAAUCUAGUUUUUAGAUUCUCAAAAUUCAUACACUCCUAACUAGUGCAAUUUGGUUCUUGAAAAUAAAAUUUACACUUGUUUACAAAGGUUUAGUUUUGUAAUAAGGUGACUAAUUUAUCUACAGCUGCUGUAGCAAGCUACUAUAAAACUUGAAUUUUUACAAAUGGUGAACUUUAAUCUGUUUUUUAACUAGUUUAUUUGCCUUGCCAUAACAUUUUUAACCAGUAAGGCUUAGAUGAACAUGGUGUUUAAACUGUGCUCUAUACAGUGGGAAUACCAAAGAAAUGAUAAACAAGAUAAAUGCUGUGGCUCCCACUUGGGGCUUUGACAUACAGGUUGCUUUAUUAUAACUUUUUUGUACAUCACGAUUUGGGUGAAAAACUUAAGUACCCUUUCAAACUAUUUAUAUGAGAAAGUCACUUUAUUACUCUAAGAUAUCCCUAAGGAUUUUUUUUUUUUUAAUUUAGUGUGACUAUGGCUUUAUUUAUGUUUGUAAAACUGUUAAGGUCCUUUUAAAAUUCCUACAUUAUGAGUUUAGGACAGUGUCAAAGUGAUAAAGCUUAACACUUGACCUAAACUUCUAAAUUUCUAUUUGCUUAAGGCAGAAAAGUAUUAAAUGUAUACUGCCUCCUACAAAUCUAUUUAUGAAAAAGAAAAAAACUUGACAAGAACUUGUUGUAUACAGACUAGCUACUUAAAUAUUUUAAAUCAGUUUUUUUAAAAAAGACUUCAGCCUCAAAAGUGGAUUUAAUUAGAAAAAUGAUUCUGUUACCAGACAUGUGACUCUCUUCUUCCUUUGAAGACAUAAAUUUAAGCUAUUGUUAUGG